AUGUUUUUACUCAAAAAAGCAACUUCGAGACCACCAAAGCCAGUUGUAACUCCUACUGUUAUCCCAGCUGUUCCAAUACAACCACUUCAUAAAAAAAUUACUUUAGUAAUUGAUAAAAAUGUUUUCGUCCUAAUUUCAGGAAAUGAUUUUUUGGAAAUUGAAUUGGAAACUGGAAAAAUCACAAAAAAAGACAAACAUGAUCCUUCCCAGGACGCCAAGAAUUAUUUUGUAUUUGGCGUAGUAGGAAUGUUAAGGUUAUUAUCAGCACAAUACAUAAUAGUUAUUACAGAUAGAAAGGACCUUGGUAAAGUUCAGGGUAAACAUGUUUACAUGGUUAAAAGAGUAGCAGUCCUACCUUUGAAUUAUGAAGACGCUCUUAAAAUCCUUGAGAAACAUCCUUGGUCUGUUGAUGGAGAAGAUCAAGAGACAGCCGAUAUAUUUCUUGAAGAUUUAGGAAAAGGGCAUAAAAGAUACGUUUCUAACGCAAUAACUGAAACAGAUGUAGAGGAAGCAACCAAUACAAUUGCCGAAUUAAAUAGAAGAAGAUCUCCAUCAUUAUCUUCAAAUGGAUCAGAUUCCGAAUAUGAUGAUAAAGAAGGAGGGUUUACAUCAGUUAGCACUACUGAUGAAAGUACACCUAAUAGUACAAAUGAUAAUAAUAUCGAUAUAUCAAAAAAUUCAAGUAAAUUGUCACCUUUAUCCACUGCUGCAAAACGAGUCAGUGAAGUUUUUUGGGAUGGUUUUACUAACGAUAAUGGAUCUUCAAAAACGAUUAAUAUAAAGGAUCCCAUAGAUAACAAAGUAAUGGAUGCACGAGUUGCUAGAGAAAUUGCAUCAUUCUUUCGCGAUGCGUUUUUCUAUUCGUAUGAACUUGAUAUUACAACAUCUUUACAACAAAAACAUGAAAAGGGAUUUCCUAAAGAAGGCUUACCUCUUUGGAAACAGACAGAUAAGAAGUUUUGGUGGAAUGAACAUAUGCUUAAAGGAUUUAUUGAACUUGAGCUUGAUGGUUGGAUAUUACCCAUAAUGCAAGGUUAUGUUCAAAUUGAGAUAUGUCAGAUCGAUGAACGAACAUUUGAUUUUACAUUAAUUUCUCGGAGGAGUCGUGAAAGAGCGGGUUUACGAUACCAACGUAGAGGAAUCAAUGAAGAUGGUGAUGUGGCGAAUUUUGUUGAAUCAGAACAAAUACUUUCAAUUGAGAUUGAAGGAAAUAAUCACGUAGUAUCAUUUUUACAAGCUCGUGGCUCAAUUCCAUUAUUUUGGUCGCAAUCACCUUAUGGUCUUAAGCCAAAGCCUGUAUUAGAACGUUCUGCUAACGAUAAUACAUUAGCAUUUAGAAGACAUUUUGAUAAAUUAAUUGGAAUGUAUGGAAGUAUAAAUUGUAUUAAUUUAACAGAAUUAACUAAUCGUGAAGCUAUUGUUGGAGGAGCUUUCCGUGACGCAAUUAACAGUUGCAAAGAAGAUCCGAAUAUCGAAUAUAUUGAAUUUGAUUUUCACAAAGAAUGUAAAGGAAUGAAAUAUGAAAAUAUUUCAAGACUUAUUGAAAUACUUGAACGCAAUUUCAAUAAAAUUGGUUAUUUCUGGCAAGCCAGUAAAACGACAGGUGAUGUAGAAAUUCAUUGCAAGCAAGCAGGAGUCUUUCGUACAAAUUGUAUGGACUGUUUAGAUAGGACAAACGUUGUGCAGAGUGCUCUCGCUAGGGAAGUUUUAAAUCUUCAAAUGCUUAGAUUAGGAAUUUCUGAAUUUAUUGAUGGUGGAUUUUCCCAUUAUGAACAAUUUGAAAAUAUUUUUAAUGAUGUAUGGGCAAAUAACGGAGAUUCUAUAAGUAGAGAAUACGCUGGAAAAAGAAAUUUACAGGGAGUUGUUAACGAUGCAUCUAAUUCGUUGGCCCGUAUGUUUCAGAAUACGUUUAAAGAUUUCUUUAGACAGGCCACAAUUGAUUAUAUAUUAGGUAAUCAUUCAAUUGAAGUAUUUCAGGAACUUCAACAGAAAUUUGAGGCAUCGCAACCCGGAGAAGCAGAAAGAUGGGCAAAAGUUAGAGCUACCGCAAUUGAAAUUAGUAGUUUUAUCGUUAUUGUUGAUAAUGAGGAAAAGAUUAAUGGUUGGACAUUUUUAUCACCUACUGAACAAAAUACUCUUCGAGGAAAAUCUUAUGAAGAAAAGGUAUUGCUUUUGACUAAAAAGGCAUUGUAUAUUUGUACGUUCCAUUAUCGUUUGGAAAAGGUUAUGCAAUUUAAGCGAAUUGGAUUAGGGGAAAUAACUUCAGUUGAAAAAGGAGAGUACAUUUUAUCUACAUUAUAUCCGUCAUGUGUAUCAAUCGAAGAUAAUUAUGGGUUCAUAAUAUAUUAUAGAGCGUCAGGCGAGUCAAGUAGAACAAAUUCGGGUAGUAUAAGGAACAAUAAUUAUUACAAAAACAAUAAUGAUUCGGAAGCAAAAAGAUUUAUGGCAUUUAAAGCAUUUAGAAGUAAUUUGGUAGGUGAAGCAACAAAAUUUGUUGGAGGAAGCGGACAAAAAGAACAAAAAACAAGUCAACAAGCUGUUAAUGAAGUAGUUGAAGAAAUUGUUAAAGCUUGUUAUGAAAUGGGCAAUGCCGAUGAUGUUGAAUUCGUUAUUGAAAGACCUAUUAUAAGUUUGGAGGAAGCAAAUAAGAAUACUGGAAUCAUGACUAAAGUUGGAUUUAAAGUUAAACAAGCGUUAUGGCUUUAA